GAUAAUGGAAAAAUAAAUAAAAUACUUCAAAUUUUAAUCAAGAAAUUUAUCGAGAAAAGGGGAAAAUGGGCAAAAAGUAGUGACUGGCGACGCAGAGGUUCUGGCCGGAUUUUCAGGUAUGGUGGUGAGUUAUUUCGCGAUCCACGGAUUGUCACAGAAGGAAGUCGCAGGAUCCGUCUCUAGUAAUAAGCCCGGAAAUUGGAUCUGGCAUUAGCAAAAUCGAUUUUGCCCUUCACUAGGAAUAAAAAAAGAAAAAAGACAGAAUGCCAAGAAAAUUAUUUUUAUUUAAAUCUGCCAAAAAAUUAAUUUUUGUUGUUUUUCUAUAGAAGUUAGAGAAAAAUAAAAUUUAUUUUUGAAUGUGUAUAACAACUUUUCUGAAUUUUAUUUACAAAAAUCUUCUAUUUUUCCAGGUAAAACCAGAUUUAUCUUUAUUUCUUCUAAAAAUGUUGUCUCAACAAGAAAAAAAAGAACGGCAAGCCAAAAUUGACGAAAACAUGAAAAAAGCUAUAGAACAAAAUCGAAAAAUGAUGGAUACUCCAAUUAGAAGAUACCAAUUUAGAGCUGAAGUGAUGAAAGUUUGCUUGUAUGUUUUCUUUCCUGUGGCUGCUGUUUGGAUUUUUAAUAGUACUUUUGUUGAAGGAAAAAUGAAAAAAUGGAGAGAAACAAAUCCAUAUUACAAUAAUGAAAGGGCCAAAAAGGCCACUGAACAAUUCAAAAAUUUUUAUGAAGAAUUUAAAGAAAAUAAGCGUCGGGAGGAACAUGCUAAAUUUUUGAGAGAACAAAUGGCAUUUGAAGAAGCCAAAAAGAUUAGGAAAGAACAUGGAAUUUAA